CUCAUCCUCGCGUAAAUGGCUAACCAAUACGUUCUUGCACUCCCUUUCGACGGAACUGAACCCUCAAUACCCCUUGUAUCUUCCAAAGUUCUUACCGCUACAAUCCGCCCUUACUGCACUACUACUGCGUAUGCUGAGCGUAUGAGCUCAAUCAUUGUUCAAGUUUCUCCUAUUAUCGUCAACAAUGAAGCGUUCAAAGCGGAACGCCUUCUGGAUAGCAUCAAGACUCACUUGACCGAUCCAAAAGAUGCUUACCAGAAAUGGUACGCGAGGCUCCUUCCUCAUUUUGAAAACCAAUGGAAAACCCAAGGAAUCGAUAAAGCUAUCCUCCUUUCGACGCAACCCCUCUACCUCCACGACAAAGUUCUGAUGGCCAUGGCGGCUUUUUGGUAUUCGCAAACAGGUGCCUUUUUCCUCCCUUCAGGUCCAAUGGGUCCAACCCUAAUGGAUGUUGCAGUGAUCGCGCAUUUGCCGAUCACAGGAGAUGACCCUGUUCUGGUUUCUCUCGGAAAUCAAGAACUUCCCCCCAACCAUCAAGGUUGGGCCCUGGCCAAACUGCCCGAAAGAGAAAGAGGAUGGACAUACUUUGUCAAUAAGUAUCAGGGUAAGGAGGAUACCCCUGUUUCCGAGUUGGAACACACUGCUUUUCUCCUCUUUUGGCUCUGCAGGUAUAUCUUCUUCUUUUUUUUUUAUUUCUUUUGUAUGCACAAAGUUUGAAUGUUGAGCUUACAUUCCUUUCUUCUUAUCUUUCACAGAUAUAUCAUUCUUUCCCCUUCUAAACUUGUCCUUUCAACUCAUAUUGACCUAGCCAUUUAUUUGGCAUGUGGUCAUUUUUCUUCUUUAGGUACCUUAUUUCUAGCCAACCUCUUUGAAGGUUUAACCCGAGUAAGUUCCCGUCUUACAGAUACUAAAAAGGAGGACACUGCAGCCUCGGGACCAUUUUGGUUCCUCGAACUGUGGUUCCGUCUAUACUUCCCCUCUGUAUUUUUUGGUCGCCUCCCAAUUUCUCCUAAUCCUUACAGGUCUAUUGGCUAUGCCUUAGCCAGAUUGACCCCGAACUCUUCUUGUCUAAAAUCCUCUGAUUCUAUAAUAACCCAAAUUUUGACCGAAGAUCGGAACAAUUCCCGUUUUUUUGUAUAUACAACCUUAAUGUAAUAUUCGACCGAUCUUUUCUUCCUUUAUCCUGACCCAUCCUAUCCUUUAACUCGUCCAGAUCCUAUCCCUCACCCGACCUACAUUUUUUCUUGGGACGCCGCAAUGAAGCCCCGAUCUCUUUUUUCUAGUAGGAGGUCGGAUAAGAAGAAUCGUAGAUCAUUUUUUACUUACAAUUACCAACCUCAAUUUUUGUCGAGGCAAUUUGGUUGCUGCCAGGGCAUACCAGGACCAUUAGCCAGCCCUCACCUCAUAUUUCAAAGCCCCGAGGGUUUGGUAAUUCCCGAACUCAUCUCGACCUAUAUUUCUCAACUUACCAGCUACAUCACCUCGAAUUCAUUUCUCCCUUUUUGCCCAAAACCUUCGACAACCGAAAAUUUUCCCACCUGGUGGUCGGCCACCUGGUCUUUACUUGCCCCUUCGACUGACCAACUGGUCGGGAGGCUUGCUCCACCCCCAGCUCUGGCUCUUGGCUCCCCCCGACUGGCAGUCAGAGGAAGGAAAAGGCAAGCACCUGUGGCAGGUGGGUCGGGAGCAAAAAGACAAAACACAAAGGCCACUCAUGCUAUCGAUAGGCAGGCCAUCGAGGAAUCUUUGGCUUCUCUGCCAAUAGAUACCAGUGGGAUGCCAAAGUAUCUAAGGCAACAAUUUGGUAAGUUUUGUUCCUUUCCCUAUGUUAUUUUCAUACGGCCCCUUUUUAACUCCAAUAUGUCUACUUCAGAAGAUCCUUCAAUGCUCCCGACCACUGGCCCGACCACGUCUCAACCGACCGAUCAACAAUCACCCGAGGCACAACUUCCCAUUAAUUUAUCUUCGUCCCAAUCAACUGCCGUCCCGGCCAUAGAACAACCAUCUGUGGUCCGGACCACAGAACAACUAGCCAUAGUCCCGAUCACCACACAACCGACUCCCAGACAAUCAGAGGCACACCGACCAGGCGAAUCGAUGGGCAGGCUACCUCCUCCCCCAGCGUCGGACAUGGUUGUGGUGAUGCCCGACCAACCUGUUGUCCUCCCCGACCAAGUUGCAGAACCUCAACAAGCACCUAUUGAAGAUGUGGUAUUACCCGACCUCGACCAGGUUGUGGCUUUACCCGACCCGCUUGUUCAGCAAGAUGAGGUUCCUCUUGCCGGUCCCGAACCAGUCCAACCCGAACCAGUCCAACCACCCCAUGAUGUAGAGGAAAUUUCCUCCUCAAAAUCGGGUGAAGCUUCCGUUAAUUUUGCCCCGCUGGAUCCGGCUAUGGAUUUAGCAGCCGCCCAACAACUUCAACCAGGGGAUGAAUCAGUUGCUGGUCCGAUCACCCGACCAGUCAACCCCUCAAUUUUCCAACUUAUGGCCCCUUCUGAGGCUACAGCUGCCCUGAAUCAAGCUGCUCAGGAGAUGAACAUUUUGACCCGAAUAGACCUCCCGACUCCCGUUAGAACCAUUGUGGAACGAUGCGCCAAUUUGGAUUUUGCUGACUUAGAACUGGCUGACCUUUCGGCGCUAGUCCAAGUCGCAAUAACCCUAUUGGUUCAACCUGCCCUGGAGUCGGGAGCUUCACGAGUUCUCGAUCGGAUGAUGGCCAGGAUCACUGAACUUCAAGCUGAACUUCCUCUGAUCCGACCCCCAUUAUCCGAAGCGACCUCCUCCCGUCCGGCAGCAGAUCCUAAUAAUAUUGAAGCAGAUUUGAAGAAGGCCGACCAAGAUCUCAACGUGGCUAGGGCCCGACUGGACGAGCUCCGGCAGGAGAGACAUACAUUAGCUACUGAAAUCGCCCAAAAGACUGAAGAACUACGACGACUUCAAGAACGAUUGGAAGCUAUAAAUGAUAGCAUACAGGAGGGAAGUCGUCUGGUUGAAACACAUUGCCUUAACCAAGCCAGUCUUUGCGAACACUUCAGGCAGCUAUUCAAACGAGACUCGUCCAGAGACACCAAGAAGCGUACCAACGUCGUCGGGCCAUUAAGUCAGAACUCAAAUGGACCGAUCUAAAAGCUGCUUUACGGGCGCUUCUCUCCAUGUAAUUCAAAUAUAUUGUACAUUGAUUUGGUUUUAACCUGUAUUAAUUCCUAUUUUUAGAAAACAGAUCCUAUCUUUCCUGUGUUUUUACUGAGUCUAAUCAAGCAAACACAGAUCCGUAUUUAUUGCCUAUUACUAAAUCACCUAACUUAGAAACCAGAAUACUUAUAUAAACUCCGUACCUCCAAAUCCAAAACAUCACCAUUACUUUUCAUGCAAUAUGGUUUCUCCUCGCCUCCGUGUUCCUCUCUCAAACUGGGAAGGUGCUCUCCAACCAUUCUUAGUAGGAAAGCACCCCACAGGCCACCACGCUGAAGAUAUGAUACAGGUUCUGAAACAGCUGGAUUUCAAAUUCAGAUUCUCCGGCAGAGGUAGGAGAACCAUUCAUCAUACCAUCCGACUGAUGGAGCAUAUAUCUACCAGCUACGAACCUUAUACCGACAUACUCACACGUAUAUCGGACCUCGACCAUCAUCUAGACAUGAUAAACCAUCAUGUAACCGCCAUUCUCCCAGACCUUAGUUGGAACAAUGAUUUUCAACCACAAAGAUCAACGCUCUCCAGACUGAGUGUCCUCGCUGAAUGAGAGAUUCAUUCUUUGUAGGACAUGAAGUCCCGAACUGAGCAAAAUCUUCAAGACAUGCAAGACAAAUGGGAUCGCUACCGCUUGGAUUUGGAUGAUCUCCUGGAUGAAGAACCUGAAAUGGUCUCGACCUCAGCAGUCUGGGAUGACACCAUUAAUCUUUCCGAUGAUUAGAGAACCCUUUUUACCAAUGGGUUCGAACCCUUUAAAGGGUCCUAUGAUUUUUUCUUUUUUUAAAUAAUCAAUGACUAAGUUCCGAAAAGGCAGGGUAAUACCUUUUU